GCAACCACCGCAUGUCUAUCAGCACACUCACUGGGCAUGAAGCUACUCGGUACUGAUCAUGAACCUACCCAUUCCCAAACUCACUCGCUCACUCAGUCUCAUAAUCACUUACCAACCACCUCUUCCACCAGUUCGGACGCCUGCAUGAACAUUGUUCACAGCCUCAUGUGCCACCGAAAAGGUGGCGAAUCUGAAGAAUUUUCGAAAUUCGCUAUUGAAAGUCUAAUAAAAAAACUAAAAGACCGGAGAGAUGAGUUAGAUGCUCUUAUUGUCGCCGUAACUAGCAACGGUGCUACGCAAACCAGCUGUGUAACAAUUCAAAGAACCCUUGACAGUCGGAUGCAGAUUGCUGGUCGAAAGUGUUUUCCCCACCUUAUUUACGCUCGGCUUUGGCGAUGGUCUGAUGUUCACAAGACAGAGCUGCGCCACCUGCCAUUUUGUCACUUUGGGUUCGACAAGAAACUUGACUGGGUAUGUGUCAAUCCCUAUCACUAUGAGCGCACGGUUUCCUCUGCUCUCGACAUCUCGUCAUUAGCUCUCAGUCCUCCGCUUGAGAGACGAAGAGACAAGGAAGAUGGAGAAAAGUAUGGCAAACAAAGGCGUCAUAGCAGCGACUUGCAGCAGCAGGACAUUAAUCAUCCAGCCUCGAUGCUCCGACUCAGUGUCCAGGCUCUACUGGACGAAAGCCCCUUGAGUGUCCCCUCCUUGCGAGGUGACAUUAAACCUGAACCUCUGAAGGGCAGCACAAUUACCUACGAGGCGGCCCCCCAGCAACCAACCUCUGUGGCCACGACCAAUCAUAUGCCCCUAGAUGGUGUUGAUGCAGCAACAGCUAACCUUCUGAACCUUAUGCGGUGGGUAACUAAUGCAAAUGCUAGCUUCGCGGCCGCUGUGGCUGCUAAUAAUGCUCCCCUUCCUCCGCCAACUACGAGCACAGAUGAUGCUUCUGCCGUGGCAUUAGACGCUGCGGAGACAGCUGCCCUAUUGGAUCCCAUUGCGGCUUCUGGCGGCGCCCCCGCUCCUAUCCUCUAUCCCAGCCAGUGCUCGGGUGGCAGUGGAGGUGAAGGAGGAGGAGGGGGAGGGACGAACAACGGACAAUCAGUGUUCUCGGCGGGUGCUGGCUAUGGAAGAGUAACACAGCAGCAGCAACCCGUCGCCUCCUCCACCUCAUCUCUCGGUGGAGGGUGGGGCGGUGGUGGAGCAGCUGGUGGACCACCGCCUCCCAUGCUUCCGCCGAAUGCUCCUCCUGGCGGUAUUCAGGUAAUUUUUCUUGCCUUUUUCUCUGUCGAGGCCCUAAGCAAAUUUAUUGUACCAUUUUGA